AUGGAUGCCCCAGAGGCGGAUUUCGACAUCAAACUACAGAAGAUCUCAUCCGAUCUCCUAGCCGACUUCAACUCCUUCCUCGACGUGCUACAUAAGCCGGCCUCGCAAAAUGGGGGCGAACGAAGAUACUUGGAUCCCUUCCAGGAGUUGCCGCAGCUUCUUGAUCCUCAUCUCCCCAAAUGGAUCCCUUUCUUGGCCAACACAUAUCUUGCUGCACGGACGACUCGCCACAAGAGCCCUGCUCUGUCUGCUGAAAAGGCAAAGCAUUUCAUCCCCACCACUUCAGCCAUCGCCUUGAUCCUAUAUACCUUCUGCAAGAUCCGCGGAGAAAAAGUCAUCAAACAUUUUUUGAACGUGGAAACCAAAUACCUGGAAAUCCUGCUGUCAGCAAUUGAGGAUGCUGAAGGGAAGGGUACGUGGGCAUGGCAGGAGCGGUACAUUGUUCUUGUCUGGCUGUCUCAUCUCCUCCUCGCGCCGUUUGACCUUUCUACCAUUUCAUCCGUCGAUGUGGAAGAUGCGCCUGCCAUUACUGGCUUGGAACUGCGCGAAGGCCUUCCGGGCAUUACCUUGCGCCUUCUGCCACUGGGCAUCAAGUUCCUGUCCUCGCCAGGAAAGGAACGCGAUGGCGCAAAAGCACUUCUCGUCAGGAUCGCCAUGCGUCAGGAUAUGCAAGAUCUCGGUGUGCUCGAUAGUCUCAUCAAGUGGGCCCUCGGAUCGCUGAGAGCGGACACUGAGCAGACCUCGUACUACUACCUCGGCAUUCUCUCCUUCAUAGGCGGUAUCCUGCAGUCCACCAUGGACACGGGUAUUAUGCAUGGCCAUCUCAGCGCCAUAUUCACCCGUGUCCACGGUGUUGCGACUGAGGAAGGGAAUGCAAUCGACAGGCUAGGCGGCGUGGCAGACGAAAUCACUGAAAUGACGAUUGGAUAUCUUCUCGAAAGUCUCGCGGACAAUGACACACCCGUGCGGUUGGCGGCGAGCAAGGCUCUCAGUGUCAUCACGCUCAAGCUCGAUCCGGAAAUGGCCAGUCAAGUUGUGGAGGCCGUGCUGGAGAGCCUGAACAAAAACAUUCUCUGGAAAAAGACAGCCCAGGGCAAUGUCAGGGACUUGGCGACGGUCGAUUCGCUGGAGUGGCACGGGCUGAUCCUGACACUAUCACAUCUUCUCUAUCGACGAUCACCACCAGCAGAACAGUUGCCCGACAUAAUACAGUCUCUCCUCUUAGGGCUUGCGUUCGAACAAAGGGGCACUUCGGGCACGAGUGUUGGCGCUAACGUUCGCGAUGCAGCGUGUUUCGGGAUAUGGGCCGUCGCCAGACGCUAUACCACCGCUGAGCUUCUCGCCGUCCCAACAAGGACAUCAACCUCGAUCCUGCAAACAAUGGGCACCGAACUGGUGACGACCGCGUGUAUCGAUCCGGCUGGGAAUAUCCGGAGGGGGUCGUCCGCUGCGCUGCAGGAGCUCAUCGGACGCCAUCCAGAUACGGUAGAAAAGGGAAUAUGGGUCGUCCAGACGGUGGACUAUCACGCAGUCGCCAGACGUUCGCGCGCCAUGGAAGAGGUAGCACUCGGUGUGACCAAACUGUGUGCUCAGUAUGGCGAGGCUAUCCUAAACGCCUUGCUCGGUUGGAGAGGGGUUGGCGACGUCGACGCUGCAUCGAGAAGAAGCGCAGGUGCCGCGUUUGGCGUCUUGACAGCAGCAUUAGCCUUGGACGAUGCCAAAGGCCCGUUUCCGAGAUAUGAGGCCAGUUUCCAGCUGUUCUUGGACAAAUACACCACACUGGAAGCGAGGCAGGUCGAGGAGCGCCAUGGACUCUUGAUAUGUUAUGCGGCCUUGCUCGACCAGUUCCCGAAAGUCUCUGCCCGCGCAGGUAAUCCGCGCAUUGGCAAAGGGGGUAUGAGCCCCUCUGCAUGGGAAAAGAUGCAGGCUAUAGUCACGACCAUGUUAACAAGCUACAUGGAGAGCACGCACAGGCGCGCCGAUCUCAUCGCAGAAGGGCUCAGUCAAGUCGUCGUGUCGCUGGCACCGCUAUUUCAGUCCAUCAUCUUGGGGAAAGAAAGCAGUCUGCCGCUCUACACUAUGGCGCAGUUGCUAAAGUCCACCAAAGAGUCUGGCCACCUGGCCUUGGCCAAUGCGUUAGACGAGCAUGGCGGCUCAGACUCCGAUCUAUCAACUAUCUUGGACACUAUCAAACAAGUCGUGCCCAUAUGGCUCUCCCGAACCGAACCCGAAGCUAUGGAGCCAGCUUCCUCGGCGGCCCUAACCCUGCUCAUCUUCUCAACACCUCCAAAUCGAAAGGCUAUCAUCCACGAGUGGGCAAAGUCAGUCCGUCACAAGCCAAGUAGCCGCACUGCCGCACAAGGCGAGGCUUACUUCUACACGCUAGCCCUGACGCAACCUCUGAUCUCAAGCCAAGAUGCCGAUGUUGUUUGUGAAGCACUGACUAGUCGAUGGGCUGAUGAUACCGAAGUUGCGACCCGGGUAGCUAUUCUUCAGGGGCUUACUAAAAGUCGCAUCCUGCAAGACAAGCCGCUCGCAUUCCUGGGAAUCCUGAAAGAUGGGCUGAACGACUACACCACGACUGCGCGAGGAGAUGUGGGCUCACAUGUUCGAGUCCAAGCGUUGCGGGCAGUCUGUUUCCUGUGGCAAGACGCUGCAUGCCUGUCAAAGGAGUCUAUCGAGACCUUGUUGCACAGCGUACUGCGUCUGUCAGCCGAGAAACUCGACCGCAUACGGCCAGAGGCGCAAAGCGCUCUCGCACUCCUGUUGUCAGGGCACUCUGCGGACCAUUUUCGACACAGCUUAACCUUUUCAUCUCAAGCCUACUUCCACAUUCUUCUCGCCCUCGCCUACAACACCUCCCUACAUCCCUUCGCAGCCUCCUUUGCGGAGGAUGAUGAGACAACAUGGAUGGCCGCCUUGAUGGCAGGCUUUGUGACGUCCGCCGACACCGGCAACGAGGAACUCGUCAUUGCCAGCCGUGCGGCACUGACGUCCUUUGCCAACGUGUCUGCUUCUAAUCUCGACCUCAUCUACGGAGCACUGAUUCAGAACCUCCGGACUCAUCAAGGCAACGACCGCGUCCUCGUGCCCACCCUAGAAAUCAUCGCCUUCCUACUUCACGUGGGCUUUGUCGAUACGGACAUCAACUUCAAGUCUAUGUGUUUGCAGACACAAAAGGCAGGAUACAAAACGGGCAACGUCCGGAAAAUUGAAGCAUGCGUACGUGUGUAUGGCGGGAUCGCUGGGCUUGGCGACGAAAACAUCGCGGGUGUCUCAGAGGCGAGGAAGAGACUAGGGGCGCUGCUGUUUCACCCCUGGCCCAAGGUGAGGACAAUGGUUGCAGAUGAGAUCUGGGGUCUUGUUGUAGAGAGGGACGACACGGAGACAGAUGACGGUUUACAGAGCAAGGUUCUAGGUGUCGAUUGGGGAGCGGCGGAUAAGACGAAGAUACGAUCACUUGUUCAGGAUCUACAUCUCAAUUAG